AUGGAGAAUAAUGAAACACAGCAGGAUGUUCUUUCAAGAGCUACCAACCUGCCUCUUGUCAGCUCCACUUAUGAAAUGGCAGCUUCGGCUUAUACCUCGACUAAGGAGAGCCACCCCUAUGUUAAAGUAGUUUUGGAUUUGGCAGAGAAGAGCGUGAAGCAUGUCUCUGAGAUGGCUAUGUAUAGUGCUCAACCUUUUCUGAGUAAGCUUGAGCCCCAAGUUUCAGUAGCAAGCCACUAUGCCUCCAAGGGUUUGGAUAAGCUGGAGGAGAACUUGCCGUUCCUCCAUCAGACAGCUGACCAGGUUAUUUCUGAGACACAGGAAUUGGUGUCCUCCAAAGUAGCAGAUGCCAAAGAAGCAGUAGCCAAAGCUGUCCAAGAUGGCAAAGAGAUGCUCAUAGACACAAGAAUGGGCAAACUCGCCAUGAGUGGGGUAGAAGUAGUACUAGAGAUAUCGGAAGAGUUGUUGGAUCACUAUCUACCAAUGACUGAGGAAGAACUUGCUCAAAUAGCACAAUCUACACCAGAAGGGAUCCCCCUGCCACCUGACUCCCAAGGUUAUUUUGUGCAACUUGGUUCCCUAUCAACUAAACUCCAGAAUCGUGCCUACAAGUAUGCUGUGGUAAAAAUGGAAGCCGCCAGGGAAAAUAUCCAGAAUACAUUCAGCCAGUUACGUCAAGCCAUUGGACAGAUAGAACAUACCAUGCAAGAUAUCCUUCAGAUACCCCAGGAAGAAAAGGAAAAGCUACGGCAGAUGGAAUGUCAUAGCUUGGCCGUGAGUUAUCACAUCACUGAACAACUGCAGAUUGCAUACACCAACUUGAUGGGAAGCAUCCAAGGUCUGCCUGGUAUCUUUCAGCAGAAUAUUGAGUUGGCUCUCCAUAGCAUUGAGGAACUUCAAGCUACCUUUACUGAGGCUCAAUCUUUCAAAGAUCUUUCUAGCAGCCUUUUGAUCCAAAGCAAGAAGACAGUCUGCAUGGCCCAGACGUAUGUAGAUGAUAUCUUGGACUAUGUGCACCAGAACGCUCCAUUAUCCUGGCUUGUGGGACCUUUUGUUCCUGCACUCAAGAAUACCUCAGGUGACCCAGAGCCCGCAAAAACUAAUGAACAGGAAGUAGAAACUCUGAAACCAGAAGCUCCAAAGGAAACUCAGUGA